UAAAUUUUGGAAGUGUUCCUGUUGGAGAAAGUUUUAGCAAAAGAAUCUCUUUAAAGUCUGAUGUUCCUGUUGACUUUGAAAUGAAAUUGAAUCUACUUCAGUCAACUGAUGCCAUACAAGUGAAGCCAUUACAAGGUAUUGUGCCUGGAAAUGGUUCACUGGAUAUUGAAGUCUUUUUUAACCCAACUGAGUUUUGUACUGUACAUGCCAAAUUACAGCUAUUGGUGUCACAAUUCAUUGUAUCGCCGCUAAUUUGCCAUAUCACAGGAUCGUCUUCACCUGGCAUGAAGUUAACACUACUUGAGGAAAAACAACAAGAAAUGGAUUCACAAGAAGUAUCAACAAAAACAUUAGAUCCUCUGUCCCUAGAUCCAUUGUUUAGAUCUCGAUUGAAGAAACAAGAAGUAACCCAAAAAAAUUAUGUUGAUAAAAAAGAGGAAAUCAUUCGCAACGGAAUACGAUUUCCUAAGAAUCUAGCUACAACAAGUGCUGUAUCUUAUGUUUUACAACAAAAGCCUGGUAAACUGAAAGCCAAAGAUGUUCGACAAGCUGUAAGAGACAAGAAAGACAUUCUACUGAGCGGAAAGCAGUUAAAGGAAACAGCAUUUGAAUAUAAAGUUCAACAGACUAUGACAGAAGAAAGACAAAAUCAAUUGCGCUGGUGUGUCAAGUUAGGAGAUGAGAAAAUAUCAGAUGUUGAAAAAAGUCGUAUUUUAGAUGAACGAGUUCAGGCGAAUAAUGAAUACAAGAUGCAAAAAGGUGAUUUAGUAUCCGAGGUUGAAUUUGACCGCUCUGCUACUGAGUGUAAUCAAUGUCGAAUACAACGUCAAGCUAAAACGUAUCCCGCGUGCACUGCUCGCUUUGAUUUUUUUGUAAAUGAUGAUUGGACGAGAAGACAUCGUGUGCUAAGUAGAUUUAUACAAAUUGGAAGAAAGAUAAUCGUGCGUCGUCGAGCUGAUCGAUAUAUUGAAUCGUUAAACAAAAAUUUAGUUGAAAGUUUAAGAGAAGGAUCUUUUUUUCAAGGCAGUGCACGUGCAAAUCGUGCUAAGUCAGAAAACUGUACAACAUCAACGGUGUUUCAUUUGAGACCCCACAUGGUUUCACCUUUUUUAUUUCCAAAGUCAUCAUUGGAUGAUAAAAAUAAUGAUCAGAUUGAAAAAAAUAUUGAUGAAUUACCUGUCGAAUCAACUGUUGUUCAUCUUGAACAUUAUACUCCAUAUUAUAAACUUAAAGUACCGCAACAGUAUGCUUUACUUGGUUAUAAAUCUCAUACCACCCAACAAUUGAUUAGUUCUGAUAUGAUCGGUGAUAUCCCAAGACCUUUGAGGACUGGAGCUGAGGAUGAAAUUAUCAAGAUGGAUUCAUCUCUUCCUCAUGCUAUCAACAUUAACAGCUUACCAAUGGAGAAUGAUGUAGAGGCGAACAAUAACGUUGUCGAUGUGCUGAGACAGAGCACUGUUACUGCUGGUGAUCGACUAGUGAUACCUUAUUCUGUAUUUAAGAAACAAAAAUAUGAUCCUUUGGAAAUGUUUAUUCCUUUACCUGAUCUUCACGUUUUACAACCCCAAGUUUUAUAUUCUGAAGUUGAUGAUGAAUACCAUCUUUGUCCAUUACCUCGUUAUAAGUUGACUAGUAAAAAUAUUGCUGCAACUAAACAUGAAAAAUCAUUAAUUGAAAGACCUGAUGUAAUCUCGAGUUUAAUGAGUUGGAAGAGAUUUUCAUGUCAAAGUUUAGUGACCGCUAGCAAUGUUCCUCACAUAACUGAUGUUUGGGUCCCCCGUUUAACCAGUCCAUUUCUUGACGACCUCCUUCCACCAGAACCACCUGCACUUCUUCAAGAACUGCCAGCUGAUGACGUCAUGAGGGAUUUCCAUGAUGAUGACACUGCAGAGACCUCAACCAAUCCCACUAUGCUUGUGCCUGCUAUGGUAAAUGCAAUGUUUCCACUUGUGAGCAACACUCUUUCACAGGAGAAUGAAGAUACUAGUAAUGAAAUAUUUCCACAAAGUGGACGACUACCUCCAAGUAACAACCCAGUGUCUUCACAAGGAUUAUUAUCCAGAGAUGAACGAGCUGCUUCCCUAAAUACUCAUAUUAAUGUUUGCUGUGAUCGCUUGGGUAAAGCUGUACGUCUGAGAUUACAGGAAAUAAAUGGCAUUUUGAAAGAUGAUAAAUUAAAAACAACUUUAUAAACAAAUUUACGAUGAUAUUGUUUUAUCGUGUUUUUUUUUUAAAUAUUUUGCCUAGUUUUUUACUUUGACCAGUUUGUAUCAUAAAAUAUCUCACAAUAAUGCUAAAUAUUAUCAUGGCAUUGUAAUAUUUAGUAUUAUUAGCAAAAACUUUGUGUGUUGUUUUAAUAUCUAAGCGUUUUAGGCAUUAAUGAAAGUUCUAUGAAAUUCUUCAAUUUUAAUUCAGAGACCUACUACCGUAUUCUAACAAAUAAAAAUUGUUCAACGCA